AUGAUGUCUCUGACAGAGGAGUUUUUUAAGCAAGGUCCCAAGUUCUACUUCGAAAUACAAAAUCUCGCGAUUCCAACCAUCAAGCCCCAUGAGGUUCUCGUUGAAAUAGAAGUAACUGGUUUCUGUGGGACAGACCUUUCGCUUGCCCAUGGCUACCUUGGCCCAUGUCAAUCAAUUCUAGGCCAUGAGGGCGUGGGCCGGAUUUCCGCCGUAGGAUCUUCCUGCACAAGCGAGGCAGCUAAGGUCGGCCGUCGGGUCGGGGUUGGCUGGAUUCGUGAUGCAUGUGGAAUCUGUCGCGUGUGUGACGGUGAUCUGAAUGACGAGACACGAUGUCUAGAGCGGGUUUUCGGUGGGCGUGAUGUGCCGGGUACCCUGGCCAGGUAUACCGUCGUUCCGGAGAGAUAUGUCACGCCUCUUCCCGAAGGAGUGCCUAGCAAGAUGCUGGCACCAAUUAUGUGUGCUGGUGUUACGGCAUACAAAGCACUCAAGGUGGCGAAGCUCGCAAUAGGUUCGUGGGUUGGUAUUUCUGGCGCUGCGGGUGCAGUGGGAUCGUUGGCUUUGUCAUAUGCUAAGCAGAUGGGAUAUCGACCCAUCGCAAUUGACGGAGGAGAGCAGCGAAGGCUUCUCUGUAUGGAUGCAGGAGCAGAGAUCUAUUUGAACUUUGAAAAGGAGGACAACCUGCGGAGCGCUGUGCUCCUGAAAACAGGGGGCAUGCUUUGUUCUGCGAUGAUCGUGUGCGCUGGGGCUUCAGCAGCAUACGAAGAGGCCUUGAAUUGUCUGGAUUACCAUGGAACUCUUGUUGCAGUAGGCAUUCCCCCGUCUACUUCAAAGAUAUCGCUUCAUCCCCUUCCCUUGAUCGACUAUGGUAUUCGGAUCAUUGGGAGCAUCACGGGCGAUCGUGUAGAUCUUGCGGAGGCUGCAGAAUAUGUUCGCAAGGGGUUAGUUAAACCAAGAGUCACGGAAGUUGAGAUUCACGAUCUAGAGAACUACGCUGGACGCGUGAACGAACUAGACAGGAAACUUGUGGUGCGGCUGGGCGGCAGGGCUGGGCGAGGAGAUUUUAUGAGUUCUAUAUAG